AUGUUCAGAGCAGUGUUUGAAGCACUGACGCACAGCUGCAAACACAAUUCAGAAAUUAGAACUGAGAAAGUUGAGAGGGAGAGAUGGAGAGAAAAUGAGAAGUCUUUGAAGAGGGAAAGAGAAUCUGGUGGGCUGAUGGUGCUCAUAGCGAGAGAUCACUUAGCAUUAAUGAUGGAACUUCUUGGAAUGAUGCCACGUAAGAUAGCACUAGGGGGGCGUUAUUCCCGUGAUUUCUUUAAUAGAUAUGGUGACUUAAGGCACAUCCGGCGGUUGCGAUUCUGGCCCUUGAAUAAAGUUCUCAUGGAGAAGUAUGAUUUCAGUGAGAAAGAUGCAAAUGAUAUGACGGACUUUUUGGUUCCUAUCCUUGAUUUUGUUCCUGAGAAGCGGCCUACAGCUGGUCAGUGCCUUUUGCAUCCGUGGAUCAAUGUAGGUCCACGUCUUUUGGAGCCAUCUAAUCACAACCCAGCUGCUGAAACUGCUGCUUUGGAUCUGAAGAAAAGAGAAAAAGAUGAGAGGGAGGCCAUGGAGGCAGGAAUGGGAAAUAUUGUUAUCAAUUCGGAUUCUAAAUCACUGAUGCAAUCACCAUCAAAGAAAACCUUCCAGGGUACCCAGAAGUAG